AUGGGGUCCUUUCUCAUUGGCCCAUAUGUAUCCAAACUCGAUAAAGGUGGUAUUCCACUACCGUCUGAACUGGUUCCUGUGGUUGAACCUGAAGAACAACGAGCUUUAUUGAAUGAGCUACAUUUCCGCGAGGGUGUAGAUCCCACCGUUCUACAAUUCCGGUCCGCUGUACAACACAUGUAUCAUAGCGGCAUUCCAAAUCCAUCAGAGAGCCGUGGCAGCCGUCGAAUUGACCAUGGGAAGUACCGCGAAAUGCGCAAAUCAUUGGAAGCACGUCAAUUGACUCAAGAGCAAGUCGACGAUUUGGCCUUGGAGCAGCUAUUCAUUAUCGUCGAGUUGGCUCGAAACUACAUCGGCAAUACUGUUGUACAGCGCUUCUUUGAACAGUGUUCUGAAGGAGUGAAAACACAAAUGUUGGAGAUUUUAGCACCGCAUCUGGCAUCACUGGGUAUACAUAAAAAUGGUACAUGGGCCGCCCAAAAGAUUAUCGAUUGUGCUAAAACGGCUGAGCAACAGGCUCUUAUUGUUAAGCACAUUCAGCCAUAUACACCAGCCCUUCUGUUGGACCAGUUUGGAAAUUAUGUGGUGCAAUGCGUACUGCCAUUUGGCUUUCCUCUGGCAGACUUUAUCAUGGAUGCUAUGGUGGACCGCACAUGGGAAAUCGCACAGGGUCGCUUCGGAGCUCGAAGCAUGAGGACUUGUCUUGAGCAUCCGAACACCCCACGCGAGCAUAUUAAACGAGUGGCGCUUGCAAUUAUUCUUCAUUGCGUUCCAUUGGCCACAUCUUCCAAUGAUGCCCACAUACUCGAGGAGGUUCUUCUCGAUCCUGUCCAUGGAGUAUUGUUUGUUGGGCGUGCCUUGCUCAGCCCUGCACUGGAACCAGACGUCCAGACGCAAUACGCGGAGACCGUGAAGCAUCUUCUGGUGCGCAACGACUUGGUUCAAGUACCAGCUUAUCGCCGGCUCGCUGAUCAGGUUGGCCUCACUGAUGGCGGUAAUGGACCUUAUUCCAUGGGUUUAUCAACCGUGAGUGUGCCAGCUACUUUCUCGGCAGAAAGUAGCGCACCUUCCACUGAUGGAUGGGGACAUAUUCGCUUUUCAUAG